UGCCUGAACAGCACCGAUGUCGAUUACCUCGUCCAGGGUUAUACAUACUUGCUCAAAUACCCCGGUGGGCCAGGCUUCAGCCAGACUGCCAAUAGUGUCCUCUCUGACACGUUCGCCGUUUGGGGCGACUCGAUCAACGCCUCGGGAAAUCGCGCUGCAAAUAGAAUUGAAAACCCCCCUCCCAAAUCUCUUGCAUUUCUAGCCAAACUCGGAACGCCCGCGUACCCCUCCCUGCAGGCCUUCAUGGCCUCCCAGGCAGCGACGCCCGCGCUUCCCACCGUCCAGACCCUCUCAACAUCUCACACCUGCGACCAGAUCUUCUGGUGUUGGACCGCCAGCGGGACAGGGAACAAGUGAAUGCGCGUCCAGGGCAUGAUCAGCUUCGACGUGGAGGUCGACCGUGCCUGUGUCAAGAUCGAUACCGUCUACUCCGAGUUCAACACCGCGGCGUUCUGGACCGAUCUGGGGAACAGGGAACGUCAGGGGAAG